UGAUUGGUUGGGUUGAAAAACGGUUGAGCCAGAAAAGUGUAUCUAUUGAGAGAUAUUCAUAGAGUUAGAGAUACAGCUAAGUUGAGUCAAGUAAGAGGAAGAGUCCUGGAAGUCAGUCACAGUUGAGCGUGGAAGCUUUGAGAGAAAAAGUCUUGGACAAGUGUCAGUCAGAGGCAGUUGGGACAGAGGAGUCAGCAGUGAGCACUGUGUAGUCAAGAGUGAGCUAUCAGCAAUCAAGAGUGAGCAGUCAAGAGUGAGCCAUCAGCAAGAAGAAGUUUGGAGGAGAAUCUAUCUGCAGUGGAGUUGGUCCAUCUACAGGAGAGAAGUUGGCAGAAAAGCCCCUCUGAAGACAAGAAGAGCCAGGCUGGAUUGAGCACCAGACCUGUGCUGAGACCGGGACAACAGACUGCCAGACACUUAGAGGAGAGAAAGUACAGAGGACUCUGUGUACGGACCAGUGUAGAGCAAGGAUGUGAUCACAUGGCUAGAAAGUUAUAACAUGGACACCUAUGCUCUUAGGAUCUAAUCCAACCAAGUGCGUGCAGAACUGCUGGGGAAAGGGGAAAUCAGACAAACCGACAAUGUGGCUGGCUCCAGUUAUUUUCAUGUGUUUGCUUUAUGGCUCUGUAUCAGUUCAAGGAAUUGUUCAUGGUGGAAAGACUAAUCCAGAAGCCUCCAUGAAUGCUACAAACCGACAAUGUGGCUGGCUCCAGUUAUUUUCAUGUGUUUGCUUUAUGGCUCUGUAUCAGUUCAAGGAAUUGUUCAUGGUGGAAUGACUAAUCCAGAAGCUUCCAAGAAUGUUGAAGAACUCAUUAUGUACUGGAGGUACCCCUGUGAGAAACACACCAUUGUGACAGCUGAUGGCUAUAUUCUUACCGUAUUCAGAAUUCCACACGGCAGAGUGAACAAUCAAAGUAAAAGUAUGGGUCCAAAGCAAGUAGUUUUUCUGCAGCAUGGUUUGCUUGCAGAUGCUGCUAACUGGAUCCCAAAUCCUCCUGAUAAUAGCCUGGGUUUCAUACUAGCAGAUGCUGGUUAUGAUGUUUGGCUGGGAAACAGCCAGGGGAACACCUGGGCUAGAAAACACCUCUCUCUCUCACCCAGAGGAUCAACAUUCUGGAAAUUUAGCUAUGAUCAGAUGGCUAAAUACGAUCUUCCUGCAACAACAGAUUUUAUUGUGCAAAAAACUGGCCAGCAACAAGUGUAUUAUAUUGGACAUUCACAAGGAACCACUAUUGCUUUUAUAGCUUUUUCCACGAAUCAUCAGCUGGCUGCAAAAAUCAAGUUAUCCUUUUCCUUAGCUCCUGUAGCUACAGUUAAACACGCCAGAAGUCCUCUAGCAAAACUAUCAUCAAAAUGGCAAGGUAUUGUCAUAUCA